CUUGGACACACUCAUUACCUCCCCAGAUAUAAUUCAUGAUGAUAGAUUGAGAAAGAACCCGUGAUGACGACUCAAAGAAAGGCACGGAUGCCCCAGGCGCCAAGGCGGUGAGAAGCGCAACCUCAACCGUCUCCCCGCAAGCUUUCGGCUGGUCAUCGACGUCAGCCUCACAGAACCCCCGUCGUCGUCAACAUGAAGAUCGUUUACAUCGGAAUCCUCCAAAAUGGCCAGGCUCCCGCGGUGGAGCUCUGCGCCGAGCGUGAGCUUAGCAGCUACUCGCGCUUUACCAGGGGUAGCAUUAGCGAGUUCAUGACCAUGUUCAGCAAGACCGUCGCCGAACGCACGAAACAAGGCCAACGACAGGACAUUCAAGAGCAAGACUUCACAUUCCACGUAUACGCGCGCACCCAGGGUAUCGCCGGUGUCAUCAUCAGUGAUAACGAGUACCCUUCGCUCGCCGCUCACCAGGUCCUUUCCAAGACUCUUGACGAGUUCCUCACCCUCCACCCGAACGCUGGUUCCUCGCGGGAACCGAUCUCCUUCCCCUCGCUGAAGACCUACAUCCAAGCCUACCAGGACCCUCAUCAGGUGGACAGCAUCCUCAAGAUCCAGAAGGAGCUGGAUGAGACGAAGAUCGUACUUCACAAGACCAUCGAGAGUGUCCUCGAACGCGGCGAGAAGAUCGACGACUUGGUAUCCAAAUCGGAGGGUCUGAGUGCACAGUCGAAGAUGUUCUACACCUCGGCGAAGAAGCAGAAUUCCUGCUGUGUGAUCAUGUGAGGGCACAUGGGUUGACCCCGACUCGAGUCGCCAGUACAACCCCGGCGGAAAUACACCAGCGACCGAAUAUCAUGACUUCGUUUUGAGAGCGUUUUUUGUUUGCUACAGGGCAUUCGUUUGCAGUUCUGGACCAGUAUUGCUUGAUUCAUGAAUAGGGAUGGAAAACCCGGGUGCUUCGAAUUACGGGAGAGAAAGGCGGGGCGGGGGGUUUAGAAUAGGCAUUCUUAUUUGCUUUAGGGCCCGAAGAGCAGCAGUCAAUGCAGUGUGGGCUUUGAUGAUUUGAC